GAUGCAUCGCCUCUCAACUCAGACAUCUCAGGGGUACCAAGAACCUGCCUUGCUGUGUCUGUGCCACCCUGCUGGGCUCCAGACCUGACACCUCUGUGCCCUCUUCCAGCAGGAUGGCCCAAGCGGGGGGACCUGUCCGCUUCCACCCUGAGGAGGGCUGUGCUGUCUCACCCCCGCCAUUUGCCCACAGGGUGAGCCGGCGGCCCUGGCUGGCAGGGGGGAGCCUCGACGCUGGGCGGCACAGCCCCCCGCCCUGCCUCACCCCCAACCUCAACGCCGGCCGCCUCCACCUGCUGCGCAAGGGCCUGGCACCUGAUACCCGCCGCUGCCCCCUCGGCCUGUACAGCAGCACCGGCUCCUUGGCCCGCAGGCCGGCUGAGGCGGCACCCUUUGGCAAUGGGAGCUGCCCGGGCACAGGGCGACUGACUGCCCCCUGCACCCCACGGCGGGGCCGGCCUGGCCCAGCCAUCGCCUCCCUGGGCAGACGCAGCCCACCAGUGGCGGAAACCCCAGAGGGACACAGCUCUGUUGUCACCUUCCGCUUCAUUGAGAAGGCCAGUGUGCGGACCCUGGGGAGCCCGACAACGCCCCAUAUCUGCUGGGAGAAUGGCCCCUACAGCCUCAGCCGCAGCCUGGAGCUCACUGGGGACAUGGGAUUCCCCCAACCCCAGACCCUGCCCCAGGAGCGGCUCCUGCACACACUGAAGUUGGAGGCUUCCGCAUCUGACCCGCUCCUGGCCGGGGACAGGACCUCAGGGGGGACACGUCCCUGUGGGAAGGAGUUCUGUGCCAUCAACACCAGCUGCCUCUGCCGAUCCCUCACCAAUGGGCUGCCAGAGGAGUUCCCUACAUUCUCCAGAAGCCCCCUGAAGCCAGAGCCCCGUUCCCAAGGCAACGCUUGGCUGUACCCCCGGCAGAGCUCGGCCCAUGCCCAGCGCAUUGCCAAGGCCAAGUGGGAAUUCUUCUAUGGCUCCUCAGAUGCCCCAAAGACAGGCUCUUCUGCCCCUGACUCCACGCCCUUGGCUGAGUCCCCCCACAAGUCUGUCUCCCCACUGCCUGCUAAGCCACCAGUGUCAGUACCUGAGCACAGCCUGAGUCACGUGGAAGUGGAGAUAGAAGUGUCUCCUCUGGGCAACCAGAAGCCUGGCUCCUGUGAGACUGGGAUUAUAAGGAGGACAGUGAAGUACUCUGAGACAGACUUGGACACUGUUCCACUGAGGUGCUAUCGUGAAACCAACAUCGAUGAUAUCCUGGCCGAGAAGGAAGAAGUGGAUUCAGCAAUUGAGAGCCAGAAGGACAGUGAGAGCAACCCAAGCUUUGGGGGCACGCCAGGCAGAAGGAACAGCACACCAGAGGAGCCCCCCACCCCAGGCACUGGCUGCUUGAAGGAUGGGCUGCGGGACAGGGACAUGGACGAGGACAAUGAGGUGUUUGCAGCAAUGAAGAAGGAGAAUAGAGAAAGGAUCAUGGAUCGAGACACACAGGGUAUGCUCAAGUCUCCAGUGCCCUUCCUACUAGGGCACAGCCUCUCCAAGGAUGGCAUGGACUCUUUCAGCAAGCAUUUUGAGACCAUCAUGGAGUCCCAUCGAGCCAAAGGCACAUCUUACACCAGCCUGGACUCCAUUGACAUCCUUUCCUCCCCAGCCCGCACCCAUGGGACUUUUUUCACUUUUGACCUCCCAGCUCUCACCCCAGAAAUACAGGGACAAAUCCGAGACAGCGCCAAGCUGAUUGAGGAGAACUUUGCUCCUCUGGCUCAUUUGGAGCCAGACUCUGGGACCAGUUCAGCCACAGAUGCCCCCUGGACAGAGAGGGAGGAGGAGCGGGGGAGAAGACGGAAGGGUGCUCGGCACAGCCCUUGCCACUCAGUGGACAGCUUUGGUACUCCCUUGGCCUCCAACACAAGUGACCACCCCCAGAGCCAGCUGGUUUCAGACUCGGAGUCGGAGAUGGACAGCGUGGAGCAUCUGGUCCUGGGCAGCACGGACACCCUUUCCAAUGGGCACAAGGCUGACCUGGAGGCCGCCAAACGCCUGGCCAAGAGGCUCUACAACCUGGAUGGCUUUAAAAAAGCAGAUGUGGCUCGCCACUUGGGGAAGAAGUACGUCAAUGAGUUCAGCAGGAUGGUGGCAGGGGAAUAUCUGAAGUUCUUCGUGUUCACGGGGAUGAGCCUGGACCAGGCUCUCAGGUCCUUUCUAAAAGAGCUGGCCUUGAUGGGAGAGACGCAAGAGCGAGAGCGAGUGCUGGCUCAUUUUUCGCAGCGCUAUUAUGAGUGUAAUCCCAAUGCCAUCCCUUCAGAAGAUGGAGCCCACACCCUCACCUGUGCCCUGAUGCUGUUAAACACAGAUCUACAUGGACAUAAUAUUGGGAAGAGAAUGUCCUGCUCUGACUUCAUUGGCAACUUGGAGGGACUCAAUGGAGGCACUGACUUCCCCAAGGAUUUGCUCAAGGCACUGUACGGCUCCAUCAAGAACGAGAAGCUGCAGUGGGCCAUAGAUGAGGAGGAGCUGAGAAAGUCCCUCUCGGAACUGGCAGACCCCAACCCAAAAUCCAUCAAGCGCAUCAGCAGCUGCAGUAACCCCUUUCUGGACUUCUCCCAGGACUCCAGCAUUGCCACCUACAAGCACGGGCUGUUAGUCCGCAAGAUCCAUGCUGAUCCUGACUGCAAGAAAACACCCCGAGGGAAGCGAGGCUGGAAGCCCUUCCAUGCCAUCCUGAAGGGGAUGAUUCUCUACCUGCAGAAGGAGGAGUAUAAGCCAGGGAAGGCGCUGGCAGAAGAGGAGCUGAAGAAUGCUAUUAGCAUCCACCAUUCGCUUGCCACGCGGGCGUCUGACUACAGCAAGCGACCCAAUGUCUUCUACCUCAGGACAGCUGACUGGAGAGUCUUCCUCUUCCAAGCACAGAACCCGGAACAGAUGCACUCGUGGAUCACACGCAUCAAUGUGGUGGCAGCCAUGUUCUCUGCACCCCCUUUCCCUGCAGCCAUCGGCUCCCAGAAGAAGUUCAGCCGCCCACUGCUACCCAGCUCGUGCACCAGGCUGUCCCAGGAGGAGCAGGUGAAGAACCACGAGACCAAGUUCAAGACAAUGUCAGCAGAGCUGCUGGAGCAUCGCUCCUCACUGCCUGAGAAGAAGGUGAAGGGCAAGGAGUAUGAGGAGCUAAAGCAGAAGGAAGAGUACCUGGAGUUUGAGAAAUCCCGCUAUGGCACCUAUGCCAUGCUGCUGCGGGCCAAGCUGAAGGCUGGCUCCGAGGACCUGGCAGCAUUUGAGUCCACCCUGUUUGACACAGCGGGUGGGGAGGAUGAUGGCCUGAAAAAGUCCCGCUCCAGCCCCUCGCUCAACGCAGAGCCCUCCAGCACGGCCACCAAGGUGAAGCGCAAUGUCUCAGAGCGCACUGGCCGCCCCAGCCACCCCCAGAAGUCCUAAGGGAGGGGCAUCAGCCGCCUGCGCUGCAGCUCCAUUCCUGCCCCCCCAGCAGGGGGGUGGGGGCCGUGUGCCCGCCGAGACCCUGCAUGUGUCCGUCUGUUUGCGGCACAAGCUAGAGGGCGUGACAGCCCUUCUGCAGCCGCCAGCACCAGCCAUGCAGGGCCACGGCCCGUCCACCGGAGAUGAUGGCAGAGCAGGACAGUCCCUGGUCCUUGCCUGCAGGAGCUGCCCGCACCAUCGGCCCCAUCAGACUUGUUCCUGCCCCUCCUUGUCCUGCAUUUGGCUGCAGGACCUACUCUUCUGCCCCGGGAAAGGGGAACAACUGAAACCCACCUGCUGGCCUCAAUUCUUCAAUGGUUUUAAAAAAAAAAAAAA